ACUGGUUUGGCAAAACGAUUCGCUCAGCCCGUUUUGUUUGACAUGUUUUGACACGGACAAAACCAAGGAUCGUCAUAGACAAUUUGAUCAAAAGUCCUGGUGAAAGCACCGGGAGUAUUGAGACAAUCAAGAUGCAGCCCAGAACGCGUCCUAUUCAGAAAUUUGCUCAGACUGUGUCACAAUGCUCUACUGAGGCUGCUCUUUACGGCAAAUGCAUCGUUGCAGACUACAACUCGGUUCACAAGGACAAAUGCAAACAGGAGUUUAUGAAACUCAAGGACUGCUACCUUGCCGCAGCAAAAAAGCCACGAUGAGUUGGGCAUCUGAUUUAGGCACAUAGAAUGAUGUUGUGCAACUUUCUUUUUUCUUUCUCUUUUGCUGCCAUUAGAUACAAACACUCUUAGUCUCCGGUCCAAUUAGGCACUGUCUUCACACGCCUUUGCAUGCUCUUAUUUUGUCUCACCAACAUCUUUUACAUGCACAUCCAUUCACAGGAUUUAGACUAGUUAAGAGACGUAUCUCCCCAUCAAAGCUUCAGCAACCGGAGCCUGAACGUAGCCUUCUGGAC